CCGAUAUUAUUUUUUUUUGACAUCCAGCCACAUUAUUUUGCUCCCAUUAUGAGCACCCUCCUCAUGACACAGCUCAGCCAGGGCACCCCCGAGUCUUCCGAGGUUGUUUCACAGUUCGGCGAGGCGCUCCUCGGCUUCAGGCUCAACCCGCUAGCCGAUCCCUUCGACUUGCUCCGCUCGUUCAAGUCCAUUGCAGCCGAGCAGGCAUACAAAAGUGAUACCACUGAUGCUGCCUUCACCAAUUGGGAGCUUGAAACCAAGUUGUGGCACUUGGUGGAGUUACUUGUCGGCGUCAGACGCCACCCUUCGGACGUCAAGGUUGCGGCUUUCUCAUUCAGCUCCAACGCGGUACACCAGGAGAACUUUCUAGCGGACAACAAGGAAUUGCGGGAGAUCUGGACCAUUAUCUCGUGGCUCAACGAUAACGCGAGCCAGGACCUAAUAGACGACUUAGAUUCACUGAAGUGGUUCCGCACCAAGAUGAAGCUUACAAACAGCACUGGGUUGCAGAAGAGUAACGUGGUGAGCCACUUGGACUCAGAUGCGCCGCUCAGAGAGCGUAUGCGCGAUAUUGAUGCCACAGAUCAUGUGGACGAUGAAGCAGCGUUCGCGCACAUCUACGCGCUCCUCCAGCGUAACCAAAUCCAGCAGGCGAUCGAGGCGGCGCAGACUACCAACAACUGGACACUUGGCAUGAUCUUGGCGGGGGUCCAAGUUUAUGUGGACCCUGCUGUUGAUGUCGGAUUUCUCCAGGACGGCGCGCAGCCCUCUGGCAACAAGCACAAAGCGUUAUGGCGCCGCGCAGUAUUCCAGUUGUCGCGCGAUGACAAGUUGCCGGAGAGCGAACGCGCGAUCUACGCGUUUCUUAGUGGUGAUGUUGCCGUGUCCUCGCAUCACGAAUGGGAGACCCAUGUGUUGCUCCAUGCGAACUGCAUCUUCCAGACCGCCACGGAAGAUUUCCUUAUCCGGUCUGGCAGAGUGCCAUCGAAGGACCUCAGUAUUCCGCUUCCCAAACCGGUACUCAUGAAUAUUAGCCUGGUGUUGAACGCCUUGUCUGAGUCCUCAGACCCUGCUGUCCGGCAGCAGUGCCAGCACCCGUUGCGCGUGUUAAUGGGCUCCGUGAUGAUCGAUCAGGUCUCCACUAUCGUCGGCUCGUCUCUCAAAGCCUUCACGGCAUCAAAUCUGACGGUGCUCACCAAAGAGCCUUACCUCUUGCGGGUGUUAACCCACUUGUGCGUCUUCUUGCACACCAUCGACCCUGCCUACGUGGACCAAGACAACUUUGUGACCUUGCUUACCCUCUUUGCCUCCCGCCUGUGUUCCCAAGGCUUGGUGGAACACUUGCCCGUGUACGUGUCGUACUUGCCGGAGCUCGAGGCUCGCAAGAUCUAUUCCUUCUUCUUAACCAAGAUAGCCCCUGCCGCGCGUGUGCAUCAAUUGCACCAGGCGCGCUUGUUGGGGUUGCCAAUUGAAAACAUUAUGAAGGCAACCGUGAGCCGCGCAUUCGAGGACACCGCGCACUUGUACGACGCCGCGUGUGCGGCUCAGAUCGCCAUUGACAGCCCGCUCCAGGACGUGGACUCCCACGACGCGUAUCUCUGCAGCACCGUCGAGUGGUUCCUCCUUGCUAAUAUGCAUGCAGAUGCCAUCAGUGCAAUAAUCGCGCUUGCGCGACGCUUGUUACUUGCCGGAAAGGUGAAUGCGUUGAGGAAGUUUACGCGUGAGAACUCUUUGCAAAAGCUAUUAAAGACGGCCGACUUGGACAACUUUAUUGGGAUAACCGAGUCUAUUACUACCCAGGCCGAGUUGGAUGAGUUAGCUCAGUACGACCAGUUAAUGGCCGUGUUCGAGUUGCUCAACGAGUGGGAUAGCACUGCCAAGCUAUUACAAGCGAAGCUGGCAUGGACCGCUGCGCCGGUGGUUGCCUCCAGCAAGACCCUUUGCGUGGCGUUACACCGCUUAAUCUUAGAGUGGAUGCGCGACCUGGCGGCCUCGUUGGAAGAUGCGGGAAUGUUGCACGAGUUGAGAUCUUUGUACGCUCCGCAUUUGACGUUUGAGUUGCAGCGCGUGCUCGUGCAGAUCGGUACCAGGAGCGAUGAUGCCACAUACCUUGACAACGCCUUAGAGUUGAUUGAGUUGGUGGCGGACGAGAAGUACAAGUUGUUCCAGUUGUUCAGAAAUUGUGGUAGGUUGAGAGAGUUCAUGACUAAGAGCGGGGAAGUGGCCGUCUUAGCGUUAAAAAACGGUGAACGAGGUUUAUACAGAUAGGAUGUACAUUAUAGGCGAUACUUGAUAUCUAGAGGUAGUAUCUAGGUGAUUAUCUAACAGAAUAUGUAGAGUUAAACAAUACAGGGCUUAGGUAAAGGAUCUUUUUUAUAAUAC